GCGGCCUUGCCGGGCAGCUCCGGGCGCUCGGCCUCAAGCUGCGGGAGGUCCCAGGUGACGGUAAUUGUUUGUUUCGGGCCCUCGGUGAUCAGCUUGAGGGGCAUUCACGGAACCACCUUAAACAUCGCCAGGAGACAGUGGAUUACAUGAUAAAGCAGCGGGAGGAUUUUGAGCCUUUUGUGGAGGAUGAUGUUCCCUUUGAGAAACAUGUUACCAAUUUGGCAAAGCCUGGUACCUUUGCAGGCAAUGAUGCUAUUGUGGCAUUUGCAAGGAACAAUCAAAUGAACGUGGUUAUUCAUCAGCUUAAUGCUCCACUGUGGCAGAUUCAAGGCACAGACAAAAGCAAUGCAAGGGAGCUGCAUAUUGCAUAUCGAUAUGGAGAACACUACGACAGCGUGAGGAGAAUAAAUGAUGAUUCCGAAGCUCCAGCCCGUCUUCAGAUGGAGAUGCUUUGCAAGAAUGAUUUGAGGAAGGAAGAGGAAACGAAGCCACAGAAGGGUGAAUCCGAAGAUGAAAUUGAAGACGCUGUAAAAAAAGUGUGUAAUGCAACUGGAUGUUUGGACAUUGACUUAAUAAGCCAGAUUUUGGAAGCGGAAAACUACAAUGUAGAAUCUGCAAUAUUUGCCAUCUUUCAAGUGAACGAAGUGGAAAGAAUCAGUACUGAAGAGCAGUGUGAUUCCCGGGACAAAGGUCAGAAAUUGCGUAGCUCAACUUUGUGGGAAGAAAAUGGAAGCGGCUCAAGAAUCUUUGGAAAUCAGAGUUUGCACCAAGAUAAAACAGAAAACAACAAAGGACAGGCUAGAUGUGAUGAAGAGAAUCGAGCUAGCAAAAACACAAAGGUAUCUAAAAAACAAAAGAAGGAGCAGCAGCGGCUAGAGAAGAAGAAGCGGCAGGAAGAAAGGCACCGACAAAAGGUCUUGGCCAGCAAGACUAACUGUGCAGAUAGUAAUGGGAAGGAGAUGCACUCGGAUACCCAAGUCACCCUGGUGAAGGCUCUGGCAGCCCUGAACAUAUGAAUGAAUGCGGUCUGAGUGCUCUAGUGAGGAAAGCAAAUAAAACUGAUGAGACAAAACUCCUCUUCAGAACGAAUUUCCAAGCACCUGUUAUCUUAAAAUGCGUUUCUGCGGAGCUCUCCAAAUGUGCGCUAACUUUCUGUUUCUCCAGUUGCAGCAAGAACAAUUAUUUGGUAAUAUUGCAUCAGCUGGUGUUUGAAGAGUUUGAAGUUAACAGAAAAGUAGAGACUUAUUUAUUAUUUUGGAGUUAGAUGAAGGUACUGUCCACAUCCCAAAUACUGCUCAACAAUCUUAAAAGGACUUAGCCAAGGUGAGUAUUUUGCGUGAAACUUCAGGCAGCUCAGUUGUGGGAUACACUGGGAUUGAUGGCUUGUGAAGUGUUUCAGCUUACAUCUUUGCACAGCACAAGCGGGCGGCUGGGCGAAGACCAAGUCUAUGUUGCUGCUGGACUGGUGGGGUCACCGUUGGCCUCGAGGUGAGUACAUGGUAGAAUCGAGGCCCUCUUUCCAGGAUGAUUUAGAAAACGGAAAGCUUGGCUGCUGCUUCCCUUCAGGCAGUUGUGGACCAAGAACGAUCUGAACUUGUGAAAGCUUGUCGUGGCUUCCUGCAUAUGGGAGGGGCUUCUCUGUACUGCUCCUAGUUUCUGGUGUACCUUGUUGCUUCUUGGAGGGCAUCCAGUUCAUUUGUUGUUGUGUUUUGUGGGUUUUUUUUUUUAUUUAAACCAGUCGCCUUACCUCAUCUGCAGUGCCUGAAUAGCAACAAAAGUCAUGUCUGCAAGUCAUGUAUCUGCAUCUGUAGCAAUGCUCUCAGAGAGUGCCUUCAUUUACUAUUGGAGUCUGUUGAAACCAUGCAGGAGUUAUCAUCUUGCCACUCCAAACAUGGGGGGCAGGGGAUCUCUUCCUGUUAUCAAACCAAAUCUUGUGUUUUUGAAUACCCAGUGCAAUAAAGCCUGCAAAGAUGUGCUGCUCGA